GUUGGGAUAACGCUGCUAGUGCUAGACACUAGAGAAGAAGUCGAAGAUGCACUAGACACUAAGUUUGUCGCAGUAGGCUCGGUCGGGCAGCCACCCACUAUGAAGCACUCUGGACCGGUCAAGGACACCAUGCGAGACGACGAAGGAAGAGGGAAGGGUCAGAUAGAGUGUGGACGGGUCCUGCUGCAACAUGAACUUUGUAUAUGAAUGGGACUGGCUAUGGCAACUAUCCCGAAGGAUGGAAGUAAUCGGAGACCACGUGUAUCCAUCAAGUCUUAUACCUGCAUGCAUUGGGCAGGUCUAACAUCCAGUCCUUGGGGAAACGAGGAAGACACGAGCAUCACGAACCAAGCUUACUGGUGUCCAAUGAGGAACAGCCUGUUCUGGGCAGAUGCCGGGAACCCCGAGGCAGUCACUGGACUUAGCACCCAUCUUUCUCGCGCUGCAACCAACAGAUCCGCCACAUUUCACGACGAGCCACAUUUGACAUGAACGAGAACUCCAUUGACUCGAGGCGGGUAGGCCAAUAUAUGGACGACGUAUUCGCUAGCUCUGACAACCCGAAAGCGACGCCUCUCCGGAAUUUCACUAGCCCGGUCCGCAAGUAGUGGCAAACAUGUCAUCACUCAGAACUGUUGAUCCAGUGGCGUGCUGGCAGAUGGC